AUGUCACAUGGCUCCGUUUCUUCGUUGAAGGUCUCCCCCGUACUGCCUCCUCGUCCUGGACGAGUUCCUCUGCGCGACCGGCGACGACGACGGGGUCGUGAAAGUGUGGGACUACAGGCAGCCGCGCUGCGCCAUGGAGAUGAAGAAGAUGGACGACUACGUGAGCGCAAUGGAGUCCCACGAGGCCAGGAAGAUCCUGAUCUGCACCUCCGGGGAGGGGACGCUCACGGCCUUCAACGUGAGGGCGAAGCGCAUGGAGAUGCAGGUGCGUUGCGUUCGAGCGAUUUCCGUCGCUCCUCCGUCGCCUGUCGGCCUGUGGUUGGAGGGCGGGAGGCGGAGGAUGUGCAUGGCAGGUCGGAGUUGUACGAGAGCGAGCUGACGAGUCUGGCGGUGCUGCGACACGACACGAAGGUCGUGGUCGGAUCGGACGAGGGAGCCCUCUACGUCUUCAACUGGGGGCAGUUUGGUUACCACAGCAACAAGUUCUCCAAGCAUCCUGAUGCUAUCAACUGCUUGAAGAAAGUCAACGACAAUGUCGUCAUCACGGGCUCUGAUGAUGGCUGCUUGAGAGCCGUCCACAUGUUCCCUGAUCGUGUCCUGGGAGUGGUGGGGCAGCACAGCAAGAACACCAGCGUGGAGGCCUUGUCCGUGUCCCACGAUGGGCAGAUGUGUGCCUCUGCCGGGACGGAUCAGACCGUUCGGUUCUGGAACAUUGAAUACCUGGAGCAUGUGCGGGUGAAUGUGAAGGAGAAGGCCGAUCCCAAGGCCAUGGAGAAGAAUCUGCCAUCCUCCCGGAUCCAGGAUCCCCGUGCCUUCUUUGCCGGUCUCCAGGAUGAAGAAAAGGGCGACACGUGACCUCUGACCUUGUUUCAUACUCGCAAUUCUGUUUGUGGAAUGCAAUUGCUUGUUGAGAAAGUCUAGUCUUGACGAAUCCAGUCAUUCUUUAAAUGCAUACA